GGGGUGACACCUGCGUGCUGCAGCGUCCCCGCCCCCCCCACCCCACCACCCAACCCCUCUCCACUCCCCCCCAACCCUCCUUUUUGCUAUACAAUAUUUAGAAGAGAAGGCGGGCAAAAUAUUCCAGUCACGUUUUGGGGGCUGUCAGCCGGCUGUCCUGGGAGGCGCUGGAGUGGAACCCGGUCCAACGGCGGUAGACGAACACCUGCCGUAGGAUGUAAACGGAGUUCCCACUCUUCCCGCCGCAUGAAGACCACUUUGGCCACCAUCUUCAUCAAUGUCUCGUGGGAAGCCGAAGAAAAGCAUGUGGCGUGGUAGCCGCUGUUGCUAUGUGUAAAGAGGUACCGGGGCGCCAAUGGAGACCGAAGGCUAUCGUGACCUCCCGGAGACCAGCGAUGGUCAGGGGGUAGGCCUGCUGGAUGGACGGGGCGGGGGUGCGGCGGAGGAGGAUUGGAGUGCUGCCUACCCUCUGGGCUUCCAGGUGUCCUUGACCACUGUGCUGAUCCUAGAGCUGGUGCUGGGCUUCAGCAGCAACUUGACCGUGCUGGUGCUGUACUGCGCUCAGUCAAACCUGGUGGAUUCAGUCAGCAACUUGGUCACCGUCAACCUCCAUGUCCUGGACAUACUGGUCUGUGUGCUGUGUCUGCCGCUCACAGUGGCCGUCAUCCUAGUCCCGGCUAACGGAAGCGGCGUCGGUGGACUGGCGACGUUGUGCUGCUUCCACGAAGCUUGCGUCACCUUCACCAGUGUGGCCACGGCUGUGAAUGUCCUGGUGAUCAGCUUGGACCGCUAUGACAUCUCAGUGCGUCCCGCCAGCCGCCUCCUGAACCCCCGCCGUGCCGGACUGCUCCUCGCAGCUGUGUGGGUGGUCUCUCUGGCCGUCUUCUUCCUUCCUUUCCUUGAGGGGGACUUCUUCUCUUCAAGGGCGGAGGACAGCGAGGAUGAAGAGCCAGGGAUGGAGAACAUAGACUUUGAGUCGAUUACUGGGCACACAACGCUUUAUUCUUCUUCUCUUUCACCUUCAGUUUUACCUUCAAUGCAGCCCUCCUCGCUUUCACACAACCUCUCUCCGGUAUGGCAGAACAGAACGUUGCUGUGUGUCGGAGGGCAAGGGUACUACACGGGAAUGGCUAUGUAUUACCACUUGUUACUCCAAGUGCCGUGUUUCUUCAUCGCUGUGGUUGUCAUGUUCUUCACCUACUCCCGGAUCCUACAGGCCCUCAACAUCCGCAUAGGCUCCCACAUGAUGAGGGGCAGCCGUACAAAGGACUCCACCUGCAGGAUACGCUGCAGGAGGAGGACGAAGAAGAAGGACCUCACCUUGCCAACCGAGGUAGUCUCCUCCAAUCAGAACCAGAAUCUCUCUCAUCCUCCCCUUAUUCCCUCCCCGACCCCGACAUCCCCUCCACCGCUCUGCUCCAUGCCCCAGGGGAUAUCUGACAGCGGUGCCACAGUCACCACCGUCAGUACCGCCGCCACCACCCCCAUCGCCACCACCCCUGCCACUCCUGCUUCUCCGACUCCGGCGGCUUCUGGAGCCACGCAGACCCACGCCACCUCCCCGCUGCCGGCUUCCUCCAUGGGCGUCCAGGCCUCGGUUUCUGCGAUCAUCGCCUUGAGACGAGCCGUGCGUAGACACAGGGACCGACGAGAGCGUCAACGGCGUGUCCUUAAAAUGUCGCUCAUUAUAAUAUCCACCUUCUUGGGCUGCUGGGCUCCAUUGUCUGCAGUCAACAUUCUGAUUCUGUGUAUGGGCCCCAGCGAUGGCUUGGUGCGGGUCCGUCUCUGCUUCUUGGCCAUGGCGUACGGAACCACUAUCUUUCACCCUCUACUCUACGCUUUCACCAGGCAGAAGCUGCGGCGUGCCCUCAAAACACGGGUGAAAAAAAGGGUUGUUUCCCUUCUGCAGGUGGACCCAGCUCCCGUUGGGGGUACGGUCAUUCAUAACUCCUGGGUGGAAGGGGGAGGCCAGAGGAAGGUUCGCAAGGCCCGGGUGGAGGCCAGCGACGGCACUGAUCGAUGCCUCACCGAGGCUGUGAGGGAAUGAGGCUGGUCUUCAUCGCGUGCGUGCGUAUGUGUGGUUGUUUGACAAUUGCGUGCAGUUUUCCGUUGAUGGAUGGCGUGUGUAUCCUUGCAUGUGUGUGAGAGGCAAUUAGUUUACAAAGGACUGAUCCCGUGACCUCCGCCUGCAGGCUGAUGUGACGUUAGGUGAGGUCUAACAAGAGCCAUUAUUCUGCACUUCUUAACUUACAUCACACCUGAAAAUGCUCCACAAUACAGCGAGGCCUGGAUGACAUCAGCUCUUUACCUAAUGGCUUCUGCACCCUUGUGCUUGUGCAUAGACCACACACACGCACACAUAUACACAACAGACACUGGUCAGCGCUUAGUCAUUAAAAAAAGCACACCAAACCUGGCAGGCUUGUGUAAAGUUCCAAAUCAAACUGAGAAUGUCUCCCAAAUUAAAUCCAGUUUGAUGAAUUAGAUUUUUUUUUAAUUCAGGCUUUAAACAGGAAGUGGAAUUGCAAUCCCAAUACAAAUUGAAGGAAGCGGAAUUGAAAGUUCCAGUCGAACAUUUAGUCGUCGCUCGUUCAAGCGUCAUUGCUAUACAUAAUCAUAAUACCAGGGCGUCCAGUGAGGGGCAUUUUGUACUCCCUUGUCCCAGGAAGAAUGCUUUGCGGAAAUCUUUUAUUUAUAGAUCUGUAUCGCUCUGGAAUAACCUGCCUAAAAUUCUCACCGGCAUUGAAAGUAAACAGGUUUUUAAAAAGAAAGUAAUGUUUUAUCUGAGUCUUUAAAUUAGUUUGCUCGUUGAUUUGUUUGGUUUUAUAUUGUGUAGUUAUAUUUAUAUGGUAAUUAUUAUUGUAAAUGUAAAUUGUUUGCUUGUUUUUUUUAUUGAUGCUUUUAUUUUUAUUUUUUUUCUGUAUUGUGUAGUAAUAAUUAUAUGCUUUUACUUGUAAUUGUAUUGAUUGUGGACCCCAGGAAGACUAGUGGGUUGUUGAGGCAACCAGCUAAUGGGGAUCCUUAAUAAAAAUCAAAUCAAAAAUUGCUAUGGUUGUCACCCGGCAACUACAACAUGGCAAUGACGUGGAAAUACUUCAUCACAUCCUGGGUAAUUCCUUUAAGUUAGAAUUAGUCUUUUUUUGUGCUGAAACCACGGGCGGUGGUUGUUCUGCACAAAGAUAGUCAACUUGACAGUCGCAGCUACUAUAAUUAUUUGUGUUGUUAACAUUUCGUGUUGUCAGCAUUGCGUGUCCAAAGCUGUGUUAUUGAUGUAGAAAAAGCCAGUGAAAGCAGUCUUGUUAACAUCAAGUGCCGCACUGAGUCCGAUGCUAUGUCCCAUUGUUGUCUUCUUGACAUCGCUAAGGCCAAAGUCUCAACAUUGUGGAGAUGUGCUGUCGAUGAGGCUGGAGUCAAAGAUGAAAUUCCAUCAAAAAAUUGUUCUACCAAAAAAUGGUGAACUUUAUUGUCACGCUUAAGACAACCUGUUGUUAUUGUCACUUUUAACCCAUUAACAGAAUUCCCGCUUGGUGAUCAUAUUUAUUAAUCACCAAAAAAAUAACAUGGUAAUAUAAAUUAAGGCAAUAAUGUAAUGUAUUGUGCAACAUAUAAGAUUUUAUUUACCACUUCAUUUAGGCCACAAAUAUGUAGAAUAUGCUUAAAAAUAUACAGAUUUUUAAAUUGCAAUAUUUAUUUAUACUGUAUUUAUAUAUGGCAAGAAAUGACAGUAUUCCAGAAUGCGGAGUACAUUCCAUCCAUGAAUGUAUAGAGGCGGAUACAGGUCUGAAGCAAAGUAAAGAAGAAAGAAGGUUUUUUGAAGAAAGCAAUGUGGAACUGCGAACUAUCAAGCUGGUGGCUCCUAUCAUGCAAAUUUCCGAUAGCUAAUAUUAGCAUUAUCAUUUUGAUUUGACCAUCGAAAUGUACUUACUAGUUUAGCAGGAACAUAGCUAAGGCAGCAUCAGUCUGAAAUUCUUCAUCUUUGAGCUCACGCCAGCGAGUUAAAGCCGGAGCAAUGUUGAUCUUUGAUUUUUAUUUUUUUGUCUCCUCGGGCAAAACUUUUCGUUUCUUUGGUUGUUUUGGAGCUCCGCCAUGAUAGAAGUAAUUGCACGUAGGAGUUCCUCUUCUUCUUUUUGUUUUCCGGCCGCACCAGGGCGUUCGCAUCAACUUACGUCUUUUUAACGAAUGGGGAAAGGGAGAGUGACACGAGCCGUAAACCAAGUCAGCAUAUUUGUCAUUUGUGUGUGUGGCAGGGUUCCUGCCACCCUCCUCAACCUUGCCAAGUGCCAGUAAAAGCAACAGAGACGCACUCAGGAGAAGGUUGAAAAGUUACUUAGUGCUUCUUUAAUGAACUUAAUAACAAUUAUAACAUUGUUAUAAUUUAAGAUAAUGGUGGGAAAAUACCAAUUUUUUCCAGAAUGCUAAGCUUGAUCCAAGUAUUCGAAGAUUUUACUGUUUGCAAAGUAUUUUUUGUAUUUAUUCUAAUCCUUUGUUAGACAUUGUUCCUUUUACUUUGCCCUAAAGGAUUUAUCAGAAUUGCAAUUCCACUUCCUGUGAUUCCAAUUCAACAUCCUGUGAGGUGGAGCCAAUUAAAUUGAUUUUUUCAACAAAUGUAAUUGAAAUUCCAAAUUACUGCUUUUGCACAAGCCUGCUCCCUGCACACGUAUUCUCAGCGAGAACAAAUGUUUUUUUCCCCCGAUAUGUUUCAUGCCUUAAUUAAGUUAGUGAAAGACAGUAUUGUGGUGCUGCUGUAUGUUUACAAAAAGUCUGAGUGAGAGAAAACUAUGGUCAGUAAUUACGAGUAUUCGGAUUGAAAGUUUACAUUGUGAUUAUAAAAAAGCAAAAAAAAGGAUAUUUCACUUUUAAAAAGGCACCAAUUUCUAAAACUAAAUUAAGCUAAAAAGGCAUGACUAUUUUUUUUUUUCUAAAACCAUUUUUUAAAAGGAACAUGGUGAAAGGUGAGUGGUGUUUUUCGUGGGUGUGACAAACAAAAGUAUGUGUGAUCAUGUUUGUGUGUUCCAAACGAGCAAAGCAAUGACCCCUAACAUGUGAACAAAAAGAAUGUGAACACACAAUUGUUGCUUCUUUUUUUUUUGCUAUUUACAGUUCCGGGAAAACCGGGAAACAGGGGGACUUUAAUGGCGUGGCCAGCUAAUUGUGUUUAUAAUCACCUUCAACGUGGAAAUCAAAGGGCAAUAUUUUGUAUAAAAUGUUUAAAAAAAGGCCACCUGACACUGUUUCUGUAGUCACAGCAGGUAUUGAAGUAUUUUAAAGCGUAGAAGUACUGACUUAGACAAAUAUCACAUAUACUACUAAACUGACUUGUCACAGCAGAGUCCUGGACUUAUUUACACUGUUCCUGUUUCUCUAUCUCCUCAGGGCUUGUAUUUACAAAUGUGCUGGACGUGAAAUAAUACACCAGCCCUUAAUCAGCUCUUCUUCAACGUGUGUUGCCGUAAGUAAAGAUUCAUGUCACCAAAUAGGUAGAGAACACUUUAAUCUUUGUAUGAACUCAAGUCUUGGGAGACCUUUUGGGCUAACCCUCCACCAUUCUCACCCUCUUUUACACCAAGUGUGAACCCAACUGAAGUCAGUCAUUCUUGUGUGUUUAUGUACAUUUUUCAGGGAUGUAAAUAUUGAAGUGUCAGAUUUGGGGUUUUUUUUUUUUUCGUUUUCUUCUCUUUUUUUGGUCACAAUCAUCUGCCGGACAGAAAGAGAGCCAUUGUGAUGUUACUGUAAAGAGAUGCGUGUAAUCGCAUUUGUGUUAAUACUCAAUGUGUGUAAUGUGUACUAUACAUUUAUGAGCCUGUGUAUAGAGAAAUAUUAGUACUGUACUGUAUAAAAUGUAUAUUACAUGUUGCUGUAUAGAACAGAGUCUGAAUUAAAACGUAAUCUAAGA